UCCAGCGUCUCACUCUACGGAAGCUCGCAGAUGUAUUCAGACAACUACUUCUACCUCUCCCACAAAGGAUAUUUCUUCGCUCAAGUCACUGGCUACUACAACUUUACCAUCAAAGAUGCCGACGACAUUGCAUAUGUCUGGAUGGGCGACGCAGCAUACUCGGGAUGGACAGGAGGACCGAGCGGUGGCAAUUAUGUUGCCAAAGCUAGAUGUUGCUGGCCGCCGGAGAAUACAAACACGACAACCUAUUGGAUGGAGGCGGAAACAUAUGUGCCGUUUCGAAUCGUAUUGGGUCAGCAGGAUGGAUCCACUUCGGUUGGGUUGACGAUCACGGCGCCGGAUGGAACUGUCAUCUUGCAAACUGGCAAAGAGAGUGAUUAUGUAGUACAGUAUUCGUGUGAUGGAACUGCGCCGCCAUUCCCGGAUUGGGGGUAUGAA